GGAAAAGCAGCGGGCGGCUUUCCCUUCCACGGAAGAGCAGAGUACAUGCUUAUCCGAACCCACCUGCUGUUCCAGGCUUCUAGCAUAAACGACACAUACCGUGCAUGCUCCUGAAGGUAAUCCUUCCCUCUUUCCACCGACAAGCUUACCCUCCAUCCUCAACACCAGAUCAUCCUCUGCUUCUCCCACCCAACCGCCUCUGCCUGUGCCUCGCCGGCGACAUCAUACUUCUCCGAUCAUCUCUCUAUCUCUGCCUCCGCUCCUCCGUCUCCUCACCUUUCGGCCGCAACAGCUACUUCUCCUACAGAGCUCAUCACAGUAUCAUCAUCAAUUGAUCGUCCGCAGAUCAUCGUAGCAGCAACUAAUUUGGCCAGCAUUGGAUCCAAGCUAUGGCUCCUGGACCUGUGAAGGUGUACAUCAUAUACUAUUCAUUGCACGGACAUGUGGAGACUAUGGCUCGACAAGUUCAGCUAGGUGCUAACUCCGUCCCAGGCGUCGAAGCAACUCUUUGGCAGAUACCGGAGACACUGAACAACACCAUAUUGCAAAAGAUGAAGGCGCCUCCGAAACCAGAUGACGUGCCAGUAAUCCAAACCCAGCAGCUGCUGGAAGCUGACGGGUUCCUGUUCGGGUUCCCUUCCCGGUUCGGAGUCAUGGCGGCCCAAUGCAAGGCCUUCUUCGACGCUACCACCGAGCUCUGGGCUUCCCAGUCGCUUGCUGGAAAGCCUGCCGGUAUCUUCUGGAGCACUGGCUUCCAUGGCGGAGGGCAGGAGCUCACAGCAUGGACGGCGAUCACGCAAUUAGCCCACCACGGGAUGCUGUUUGUGCCGCUGGGGUACACGUUUGGGAGCGGGAUGUUUGAGAUGGAAGAGGUGAAAGGCGGGUCGUCUUAUGGGGCCGGGACUUUCGCGGCGGAUGGGAGCCGGCAGCCGACGGAGCUGGAACUGCAGCAGGCGUUUCACCAGGGGAAGUACGUUGCUGAGAUCACUAGAAAGCUUAGGAGCUGAUUGAUUGAUCAGUGAAACUUUGCAAUGGAUCAGAUAAGAACCCGCAAAGGGUCUUUCGUGGCCACAGCCUGUAUAUAUAUAAACCUACUCUGUCUACUUCUUUACGCAGUGAACAGAGAGUUACCUGGAGGUAAUUUACAACUGUAACAAACCGAAAUUAAAGCUAUCUACGAAUGAAAGAAUGACACGUAUGUAUAUACAGUAAAAACGGAAUAUGAGUUGCGUUAACUAAAACGAGGUCAUCUCUGCUCAGCUCAUCAACGACUUCUGAGGGAAAACGCUGUCGCUUAGGAGUCCUUCAACAUCACGGAUUUCAGAUCCAAUAUCCAUCAUCUUCUUCUCCAAUAUGCCCUCUCAAGCU